AUGCACCUGCUUCAUCACCUUCCACACGUACCUCUUGUACCCCUCCGGCCCCCCGCCGCCCCUCCUCCGCCUCCUCUUCCUCCCCUCUCCGCCGGCGGCGGCGGCGGCGGCGGCCGGUUUCUCCUUCCCGGCCACCUUCUGCUUCUUCUUCAUCUUUUCCCGGUCCUCGCGCGGGGUAGACGGUCCGACCGGUUUUUGAGCUCCGGCGGCCGGUUCCGGAGGCGCCGGGGUGACUUCCGGCUGGGAUGUCGGCUGGGUCUCGUCAUCGUCGUCUCCGAUGUCCGCUUCCUCUUGCUGAUCUGGCUUUUCCUGAACCGGAACGGUUUUGGAAACCGGUUCGGUGAUUAUGAUGUCCCGGAGGAGAGUAGCUCGACCGGCUCGGAUUCGUCUCCGUUGGGGCCCACCACCACCUUGACGGUCUCUUCCACCACCUUCGUGGUGGUCACCACCGUCUUCACCGCCCUACCAGACCGCCUCUUGGGUGCCAUUGGACUGAAAGGGUUCGAGAGGCGACCAUUUCGACAACACGUAUUGAGGGACUGCCGAGUUAUUGCAACACGUGGACAGCACGUGUCGAGUGAUUGCCGAGUUAUGGCAAUACGUGGUGGUCAAAAUUGA